UACGCGUGUGACGUAACGACGGUCCCAUCGCCUCAUCACGUGAUUGUUGGCUUUUGCUGCUCCAUCUCUCCUGGUGUUUCCUGCUGUCCCGCUGACUGACUGUCACUGUGUCACACACUUACACGAUGGAUUUCAACGUUAAGAAGCUCGCCUCCGGUGCGGGACUGUUCUUCACACGAGCUGUCCAGUUCACAGAGGAGAAGCUGGGUCAGGCCGAGAAGACCGAGUUGGACGCUCACUACGAGAACCUGAUGAGCCGCGCCGACUGCACCAAACACUGGACUGAGAAAAUCUACAGACAGACUGAAGUCCUGCUGCAACCCAACCCAAGUGCCAGAAUUGAGGAGUUUCUCUAUGAAAAGUUGGACAGGAAGGCACCGUCCAGAAUCACCAAUGCAGAGCUGCUGGGUCAAUACAUGGAGGAUGCCGCGAAGGAAUUUGGACCUGGAACUCCAUAUGGGAGCACUUUGAUCCAAGUCGGAGAAUGCGAGAGAAGAUUAGGAGCAGCGGAGAGAGAGUUCCUCCAGACAUCAGCUAUCAGCUUUCUUGCCCCCCUCAGGAACUUUCUGGAAGGAGACUGGAGAACUAUUACAAAAGAACGGCGCCUUCUGGAGAACCUUCGCCUUGACCUCGAUGCCUGUAAAGCACGUCUGAAGAAGGCCAAGGUGGCAGAGGCCAAGGCUGCGAUGGCUCCAGAUUUUCAGGAGACCAGACCUCGCAACUAUGUGCUUUCGGCCAGCGCAUCUGCGCUCUGGAGUGAGGAAGUUGAAAAAGCUGAACAUGAACUCCGAGUAGCCCAAACAGAGUUCGACCGACAGGCGGAGGUCACAAGGCUGCUUUUGGAAGGCAUCAGUAGUACGCAUGUGAACCACUUGCGCUGCCUGCAUGAGUUUGUGGAAGCCCAAGCAGCUUACUACAAGCAGUGUCACUUCCACAUGCAAGAACUACAGAAGGAGCUGGGAAGGCUUCCCAGUGCUUUUGCGCUGAACUCCACUCACUCCAUGACCACCGGCGGCUCUGCGUCAGAAGACAUCGGCAGCCCCGGGGAGACCGAUACUCUGAAGAUAGAAGAAGUGCAGGCGCCAGCUACAGGAACCCGAAAGGCCAAAGUCCUUUACGAUUACGAUGCUGCUGACUCCAGUGAGCUCUCCCUCCUAGCUGACGAGCUCAUCACAGUUUACACAGUGCCGGGUAUGGACUCUGACUGGCUGAUUGGAGAGAGAGGAAACCAGAAAGGAAAAGUGCCUGUCACAUACCUGGAGCUUCUCAGCUAAAGAGCACACACACACACACACACACACACACACACACACACACACACACACACACUCAAAUACACACACAUGCACACACACACAUAUAUAUGCACGUGUGUGAGUGGGUACCAAUAAAGCCAUGAUGAUAUCUCAUUCACUAUAGUUAAUUUCACUUUCUUGCACUAACCCGUAACCCUCAAUAGCACUCACCCACAGUAAGCAUUUGCAAAGAUUGGAACAUGGUCCAACUACACACACACACACACACACACACACACACACACACACGCACACAUCUCAUCUAUGUGCUUCUCAAUACCCACUAAACUAUUCCCAUCAUGGCACUGACAGCAGUGAUAAUGGAGACAUUGUUACAACAAGUACAGGAUGAUCCCCACAAGGGUUAGAUCACAUUCCUUAUAGAUUUGAUGGUGAUUUAUUAUGGUGAUAUUUAUUUCCUAUUUAUUGUUGUGCAACCCAAGGGUUCAGGCAGACUUUUUUCCAAUUUGAGUGAAGUUAAAGCUGUGACAAACUGUGACCUACUGUCUUCAGAAGGAUUUCCAUCCAAACUAUAUUAUUGGUUUGUUUUGGGGGAUGAAAAGUGUCUUUGUUGUCUCUUUUUCAUACAUUCAGUGCUGAGCUUUGAUGGAAAUCCACCAUAACACCCAGAAAUGUUUAAUUCUGUAUCAAGGUCCUGAGUUCAAAGUUGCACUAAUCUGUCUUUUUAGUGAAGGCUGCAAUAUAGAUAACACAAGCAUGCAAUAAUGACGCCCAGGCAAGUUUUGUGCUCCAGUUAUAUAAACCAGAGUUAAAAUCUUAGUCAUCUCUGCAUAACAGACACUCCUCAUUGAAGAAGAAGUGAAAAUAAACACAAGUAACCGGACAACCAGAUUACCACAUCAUGUGACCCUUACCAUCCGGGGUCAGAUUUCCUGUAAUUAUGAGCGAAAGGAUGUGUGGUUUUGUUGAAACUAUUAAUAAAAAGAACUGAUUCUUAGUUUUAGAGCAAUCAUACCACAUGUUCUCCUUUCUUCUGAAAGGACAUUAACAGAACCGGGGUACAGCAUUACGUCAUUUCUUCAUUUUUUAAAUUGUUUUGCCUUGAUGAAAGCAAUUGUUUUAUUGUCCUUGACUUUAGGGAAGCAGAUUUGCCUUAACUGCUCAUUGAAGCGAAUGUAACUCCUGUGUUGUUUUGAAUCGACAACAUUUUAUGAACAGCUGGAUGAUGACAUUUCUGGCAGUCACUGCAAUCACUUGUUUUGAUUAUAUAUUCCCAUAUGGGGCCUCGCCCACAUGUUUUUGGCGCCUUCCCACUGCACAGAAGAUGUCACUUUUUAUUAAUAUGGACAUCUCUGCAGCAAAAUAAAUAAGACCAUCCCAACUGCCUUAAGAUAAUGUGGAAGGAACUGCUAAGGCCAUCAGCUGCAAACCAGAGAAUGUGCUGUUCACAACAAAACGCCCAGAGAAUGAAUAUGCACCAUGUACAGCAUGCAAGACUGUAACUCCUCCUAAUAAAAUUGUGUGCUUGUUUGUGUGAUUUUCUUUUUGUUUUGCUCCUGUGUGUUUUUACAAUGUUCAUCUAUGUCGCUGUUCUGUUGGUUAACACAUUAAAAGUGUCCUCAGUCUUAAUGCUGCAUGUGCUACAGCUAGUAGCCUGUCCCACUUGGACAGCGUGUUUACGAGUAUAUGAUGAUGUAGCUAAAUUGGUUUGUGUCAGAUCUGGAUUACCAAAAAAAAAAAACAACCCUUUUGCACAAAAGACAAAACGUGCUCUCUCUCUCCCACAUCCAGUAUGUGUUGCAUGCCCUCUGUCAAGUUUUGUUUGAACCAGCCUGGCCUCAUGAUGUUUUGUGAACUGAGCACACACACAAAAAAAAAUCCCAAUAAAACAAAGUGACACGAGUCUCAACCAAAUAGUGUUCUUACCUGCAGGUGAGAAUGUUCAAUAUAAUGCUUGUUAGUGGAUUAAGCCACAUUGUGUCAUCUGUGCUGCUCUAUUGUUGUGCUCAGUUCACAAAUAUAGGGGAAUUUUUCUUUUCAAGAUAUAUUUUUUACUUCUGCUUUUGUGGUUCUGUUGUACCUCAUCUUGUAUUAUUAUGAUUAUUGUUAUUUAUCAGUGUA